CGGGCGAUCCCGGUGCAGACGUGGCCGCUCGGGCAGUCGACCCGUGGUUGACGCUGAGCCGCAGCUGCAACGUGGUCGCCGCCCUCAGCAGCGCCGCCCUCAGCAGUGCCGCCGUCAGCAAGGCGACUCCCUGCAAGCACCUACCGGCCGCAGUCAUGGAUGGAAGAAGGGGCCAACGCUCGUCGCGGCGCCAUGCCUCUGCUGCGCGCGAUGAGGUACGGCCACAGUUCUCCAGGAGCUUGGCCGAUCCUCGCCUGCAGCCUAGGCCUCCGCAGAGCGAGGUGAACAUGCCCGUGGCCGACAGCUGGUGCCACACUCAAGUGAGGAUUAACAAGUUUUCUUACAUGUGGACAAUCAAAAACUUCAGCUUGUGCUGGGAAGAGACGGGGGAAGUGCUCAAAAGCUCGACAUUUUCUGCCGGAGCCAAUGACAAACUCAAGUGGUGCCUAAAGUUGAAUCCUAAGGGUGUGGACGAGGAGAGCAAAGACUACCUGUCCCUGUACCUGCUGCUCGUGUCCUCCAACAAGAGUGAGGUGCGAGCUAAGUUCAAGUUUUCCCUCAUCACCGCAAAGCGGCAACAGUUCGAGACAUUGGAUAGUAAAAAGGCGUUCCACUUUGUUCCUGGCAAGGAUUGGGGCUUCAAGGAGUUUAUUCGAAGAGACAUGCUCACCGAAACCAGUGGACUCGUUCCAGAUGACAAGCUUACAAUCUACUGCGAGGUAUGCGUUCUUGCGGAUUCUGUGAACAUCUCCGGGCAGAAUAAUGUCAUCCAGUUCAAGGUCCCCGAAUGCCGGUUGUCCGACGACUUUGGGCACCUCUUUGAGAGCCGCAAGUUUAGCGAUGUCGUCAUGAGCGCCAAUGGCCGGGAAUUCUAUGUACACAAAGCCAUCCUUGCGGCUCGCUCUCCUGUAUUUGCGGCCAUGUUUGAGCACGAGAUGCAAGAGAAGAAUCAGAGUCGAGUGGAGAUCACAGACAUGGACCACGAGGUGCUACGCGAAAUGCUGCGGUUCAUUUACACUGGCCAAGCACCCAAUCUUGACAACAUGGCUGAUGACCUUCUCGCUGCCGCUGACAAGUACGCCCUGGGACGCUUAAAGGUCAUGUGUGAGGAGGCCUUGUGGUCGAAACUAUCUGUCGAUACAGCUGCGGACGUGCUUAGUCUGGCCGACAGGCACUGUGCAGAACAGUUAAAGUCACGUGCCAUUGAUUUCAUCAAUGACAGGCAUGCCACGCAUGUUGCAGAAACUGUGGGCUGGAAGAACAUGAUCCACCGGCAGCCGCACCUGAUCGCCGAGGCCUUCCAGGCACUGGCCACCCAGCAGGUCCCGCCCAUGGGGACACCACACAAGCGCUUCAAGCAGUGCUAGGCAUCUCUACUCAAACUGUUACAUGCGCUGGAGAAAAAUGUUCUCUAGCAUUUGGACUGACAUUUUUUGCAUAGGCUCAUGAGAUAGCCUGGUCGUCUA